GCCAUUAGGCCUAUAAAACCACAUCGUCACCGCCGUAGAAACAAGGCAUCCUCUUUCGUCUUUCGUUGCUCAGCUAUGGAUGGCGCCGCCGAAAAUGGACUCUCUACUGCCGGAAAAGUCAUCACCUGCAAAGCCGCCGUCCUCUGGGGACCCGAGGAGCCCUUUGUGAUCCAGGAGGUGCAGGUGGAGCCACCGCAGAGGUUGGAGGUCCGCGUCAAGAUCCUCUUCACGUCCAUCUGCCACACCGAUCUCGGUGCUUGGAAAGGAGAGAAUGUCGUGACGGUGUAUCCCCGGAUCCUCGGCCACGAAGCAGCCGGGGUGGUGGAGAGCGUGGGGGAAGGGGUGGAGGACAUGCGGGCGGGCGACCACGUCGUGCCCAUCUUCCACGGGGAGUGCGGCGACUGCGCCUUCUGCAGGAGCGACAAGACCAACAUGUGCGCGGUGUACCGGGUGGAUCCGCGUAAGAGCGUCAUGGUGGGGGACGGCGGCACGAGGUUCUCCGUGCUGGACGCCGCCGGCGAGCGCCGUCCGGUCUACCACUUCCUCAACACCUCCACCUUCGCCGAGUACACCGUGCUCGACUCCGCCUGCGUCGUCAAGAUCAACCCCGCGGCGCCGCUCGAGAGGAUGUGCCUGCUCAGCUGCGGCAUCACCACCGGAGUAGGGGCGGCGUGGAAUACAGCGAAUGUUACCGAGGGUUCAACUGUGGCGGUCUUCGGCAUGGGCGCUGUGGGCCUUGCGGCUGCAGAAGGAGCACGGCAAAGGAAGGCUUCUCGGAUUAUUGGCAUUGACGUCAAUCCAGUCAAGUUUGAGUUUGGGAGGAAGAUGGGCAUCACGGAAUUCGUCAACCCUCGAGACCACGACAAGCCAGCCCAUGAGGUGAUACAGGAGAUGACGAACGGAGGGGUGGACUACAGCUUCGAGUGCGCAGGAAACUUGGACGUGCUGCGCGAGGCUUUCCUCUCUACCCAUGACGGAUGGGGUUUGACAGUGAUGAUGGGGAUCCAUCCCACACCAAGACUGUUGCCUGUACAUCCCAUGGAGCUCUAUUACAGGAGGUUAGCAGCCAGUGUCUUUGGAGGUUUCAAGGGGAAGUCACAGUUGCCAGACCUUGUGGAGAAAUGCAUGCAUGGGGAUGACAGAAUAAAUUUGGAUGGAUUCAUAACACAUGAGCUGCCAUUUGGUGAGAUAAACGAGGCCUUUCAGCUGCUGCAGCACGGGGAAUCGCUGAGGUGCAUGCUGCGCCUGUGAUAGAUCUUAAAAGCUUGGAACGUAUCAUGGUGAACACGCACUGGCUUGCUAUGUUUUUAUCAAAGCCCACCAUUUAAAUAAGUGGGUCGGUUUGAUCAACUAAAUUGUAAUAAGUGAACCGAUUAAUUUGAUCUCCGAACAAGCAAUAUUGUUUUAUUUGUGACUUAA